CUCUCCGCUGCUGCUGCUGCUGCUGCUGGCGCCGCUGGCCCAGCUGACUCCCGCGCUCGCCCGCGAAUCGGCCGACCCGCUUCCAGUUCCAUCGCGCGAGUGUGCCCGCGCGCGGUCUCGCAGAUGCCAGUGGCGCCGUCCAGCCGGAGGCAUGGCGCCGAGCUGGCAGCAGAGCCCCGCCGGUGGGCUCCUGCCCCCUGAGCCCUCGUCCCCAGCUGCGGCUCGGGGCUGCUGCGAGCUGGAGAGCGGCAGCGGUGGCGGUCGCAGCGAUGGUCGAUGCGCAGCCUCCUCGCGGCUGCGCAUGCGCCUCGGCGACGCCGCCGAAGAUAACGAGGACGGUCCCGAAGCCGCUGCUGCUGAUCGCCGAGGGAAGAAAGUGCACCGACGCUCCCGAGCUGCCGCUGCCCGGGAGGAGGACGCCGAGGCUCAGGACCUGAGCCGCGCGGAGGAGGCGCCCGGACAGCUCGCCGACGGCUACGACGAGGCGCGGGUCUACCUGGCGCACGUGCUCUGCCUGGACUGGCGCCGGCUGCCGGGCCGCCGGGCCGAGGGGCCGGGCGAGCGGGUCUGGCUGCUGGCCGCCGCGGACCGGCUGGGCCGGCACCGGACGCGGUUGCUGGUCGUGGGCCGGCACUGGCGGCCGCGCUGCCUCGAGCACGUGAACAUGCUCAGCCAGCCGGUGGUGUACGCGGGCGGCGGCCGGGGCGCGCUCAGCCCCGAGCUCUUCCUCUGGUGGUUCCGGCAUGAGUUCGCGCCCGCGGCCCUGGCCCUGCACCCGGAGGGCGCGCUCCUCGUGGCCCCGCGCUCCGAGCGCCUGCCCGCCGACGGCCUCGAGGAGGGCCGGGCGCGACUGCUGCUCGUGCCGGCGGACUCGCUGGACCCGCGGCCCGUGGCCGACGAGCUGCGCGCCAGGCUGGCGGCCGCGCUGCUCGGGGGCGCCCUGGUCGAGGCGCGCAUGCGGCCCGGGGAGCGCGGGGGCUCGCUGGACGACUACCUGGCCGGCGUGUCGCUGAAGGAGGCCUUCGCCGAGCUGCACCGCGCCUGGCUGGCCGUGCGGCCCGAGAGCUUCGGCCGCUGCUGGACGCGGCCCCGCGCGGAGGGGCGCGACGAGCGCGAGCCGGCCCUCGCGGCGGAGCUGCGCAGCCUGAGCCUCGAGGCCGCGGGGCUGCGCAUCGACGAUGAGGACGUGCGCCGCUGGUUGAGCGCGGAGGAGGCCGAGCGCGAGAUGAAGAGCGAGCCCGAGGAGCUGGCGCGGCAGGCCGAGGCCGAAGAGCCGGCGCCGCCGGAGGCCCGGGAGGUCGUGGGCCUGCUGUCGCGGGUGCUCCGCUGGAUGGAGACCGAGCCGCUGGAGCCGGGCUUCCUGCUGGCCGUCAGGGCGAUGCGCGCCACCGCCAUCCUCGUGGCGAGCAAGAUGGGACUGACGGGGACGCACCCGAGCGGGCUGCCGUUCUUCUGCUCGAACGGGGAGCACCUGACGCAGCCGCCACCCGCGCACAUGGGCAUACCGCCGUACGGAGCCCUGGACGCCGGCAAGGCUGCAGCGGCCGCCGGUGAGUACUGGCCCGCGGGCCACCACCACCACCACCACCACAACCACCAUCAUCCUAGUCACCCAACCUGGAAACAGCUUCUUAGUGCGGCGGCGUCCAGCUCAGGUCUCACGAGGGCGCCGAUGUACCCGUUCUCCACGGGCCAGUACCCCUACCCCAUGCUCAGUCCGGAAAUGACGCAAGUCGCCGCUUCCUGGCACACGCCGAGCAUGUACCCGAUCUCCCCGGCGAGCGCCGGAUUCCGAAGUCCCUACCCCACGAGUCUGCCCAUCAGCAGUUCGAGUUUGCCCAGUGAUCUCUACCGGUUUUCGCCGACGGGCCUGAUGCCGCCUCACCCCGGCUUGAGCCCGCACGCGCACGCGCUCGCCUCGCACGCCCUGGUCUCCUCCGCGCCCAAGGCGGACCACUCGAGCCUGGACCACAACCACAGGUCUACGAUAGAACAGAAAAACUCCUCGUCGUUACCUGCUGAUAACACAAAAAAUCAAGAUACGGGGCAACAAAACAAUCAAGACAAAAAGAAACCUCACAUAAAGAAGCCCUUGAAUGCGUUUAUGCUGUACAUGAAGGAGAUGAGGGCGAAGGUAGUGGCAGAAUGUACCUUAAAAGAGAGUGCUGCGAUAAACCAAAUUCUAGGGCGAAGGUGGCAUUCGCUAAGUCGAGAGGAGCAGCAGCGAUAUUAUGAGGCGGCCAGGCACGAACGCCAACUGCAUCAACAGCGAUAUCCCGGAUGGAGCGCCAGGGAUAACUACGGAUACGGCAGCAAGAAGAAGAAGAGGAAGAAAGAGCGAUCCGCGGAUCCCGCCGGAGGUAACAACAUGAAAAAGUGCCGAGCCAGGUUCGGACUGGAUCAGCAAAGCCAGUGGUGCAAGCCCUGCAGGCGUAAGAAGAAAUGUAUCAGGUACAUGGGGGAGGGAGGAGAGGGCGACGGCGACGGCGACGGCGACGGGGACGGUGACGACGACCACUCGGAAGACAACCUGGGCAGCGUGGGCGAGGCGGGCACGCCCGAGGACGACGAGUCGCUGAGCAGUCCCGGCGGCCUGUCGGGUUUAUCUAGUCUGGCCAGUCCCUCGCUGGUGCUGCCCUCGCCCUCGAGCCUGGCCAGCCCCUGUCCCCUGACGCCUCCUGUCCUCGUGGGGCCGAGCGGCCAUCAGCCGCAGCACCAGCCGCAGACUCAGCAGCAGCAGCAGCCGCCACCCCAGCAGCAGCAGCCAGCGACGCCGCACCGCAACCCCGUCGGGACGAACCCCCACGACAUCAACAAUCCGCUGAGCGUGAACCAGCUGACGGGCCAGUGCAUCAAGACCGAGCCGGGCCCACAGCCCUCCAACCCAGCGAUAAGCGUCACGUAGCCCCGGCUGCGGCUCGCAGCUCGCGGCGCCGGAGUUCGAAGCCCGCCUGCACCGUGGCGACGGCCCCUCAUCACCGCGACGCGACGACGCACAAAUACUCAGGACUCGCGCUGUCCUUCUUACGUUGUGAUGCAAAUGACUGACCAAGUCAUGUUCCUGUGCCAGGUACUAUAUUCUAUUAGGAGUCUACAUAGCGGACACCAGACGUUAGCUCAACGACCUUUAUUAUUAUUAAUAUUAAUUCUAAUUAAUAUUAUGACAAUUAUUACUUUUAUUAUUAUUUUUAUUAUUAUUAUUAUUCAUAUUAUCUACUCAUUUUAUUAUCAAAAGCGCCUCACGUGUCCAACGCCCUUGACCGGCCUCCCUUACCCUGUACAAUUGUCGUUUGUUAUUUUUUUAAAAGUCUAUGUGUAGCGCCGACAUCCCCCUUCCUCUCCUAUAUAAUAUACUCCCUCACUCAACGCGCGCAUGUCGAGUGAUCUGCCCUUACCUUAUAGCUUUCUUUUAAGUCUUCCAACGCGAAAGCAAAAACGACGAUAAGAAAAAUUCUCUAUUAUACGAUAUAAAUUCCGCGAAAUUUGAGAGAUUGAAAAUUUUAUCGCCAAUGUUUUCAGUGUAUUUUUUUUACGUUUUUAAAGAAUUUUAGCGUUAAGUGGGAAGCUCCGCGAGACGCGGCAUUCCCUGAUAUAUUGGUCUGAGUAUUUUUAUCCAGUGACUCGUUCUAUCGUUUUUUUUUAUUUAUAUAAUUUUUGUUCUUUUCCGUGUCAAGUUUAUAAGUUACUCGCUCGUACGCACAGAAAUCGACGAAAAGAUUCUUACAAGAAAACCAUGCUCCUUUUUCCCUGCCGUUUCUCUUUCGUUAAACAUUCCCGAUACUAACGAGGAAAAUAUCCGCUAGGGCGAGGUUUUGCGUUGUCAAGCGAAAAAUCGAGUACUGUACAACCGAACAAUAUUGCAGGCUGCUCGCAGAAGGAUGCUGCGCUUCUGAUUGCGAUUUAAACGUUAAACGUUAUUAUAACGGUAUAUCAUGGCGCUGAACGAUCAAACGUGAAAAGACUUUUUUUCAAUUAUUUUAUUCUUUUAACUACGUAGUUUUGUUGCGAAUGUGCAAUUUGUGAUGCGUUUAUAGAGUUUCUUUGUUCAAAGUGCUAAAUCAUCAAAUCAAUCAAACCUGCAAUUAUGAUAUUGGUAUUCUGAUCUAGAAUGGUUUAUAAAGAUUUUACUACUCCUGCGCGAGUAAUGAGGCCUGCAAGAGCGUCAUUGCCGAUAUGAGCUUUCGAUGCAAUUCGAUACGAAAAAAUUUCAGUUCUGUUUAUUGUUUACCAUUUCACCAACCAAAAACACGCAAUAGAAGGCAAAUGUACGAAGGUUCAUUAGAAUGCAGCUAUUGUAUAUAAUAAAUACGUUUAAGAUGCAUUUAUAUUGUGAAAAUGGGAAAGUGCAAUGGAGAACUGGCGACUAUGAGAAAUUCUGUAUAUGCUAAGGACGGGUCGAAAACGGGGAUAAUAAAUCUUGAGUGUGUAUAGUGUUGGGAAAGUAAUUUUCUUGACUGAAUAUAAUGUCUAUAUAGCGAAUAAAAAAAAAAACGUAAAAUGCUGUAACCCGUCACUGAAUAGUAAACUAAACGUGCCAUAAUGACAUCAUGCCAAUAAUACCAAUAAUUUUUUUACAUUGCCGUCUCUCUGUCUGCACUAUGUAUAAAACAUUUCAAAAAAAUCUUUUGUAAUGCUUGAACUGUUUUAAGGCGUUUAAGUCUUAGUUGUGUUUUACGAUUUAGUGAAUUUUCUAUCGUUUUAUAGUUUUUUAUUAUUUUCUAAUUUAAAAAGGAAAAUAUGCAUAACAAAGUGUUUUAUUUUUACCAAAUGAAGUAUACACAAGACUUUAUGCACACGUAGUGGAAGAAAAUUACUUCCAUGCAAAGAUUCACGAGUAAAUGGGAAAGUUUAUAUAACAAAAUUUUAAGAAAGGCCUUGAAAAGUCUCCUAUUUAUUAAUAUUAUAUUCGAUAUUUCCCUACCACAAUUUGCUCUCGCUCACUGUCAUUCUUUUUAGCUCUUUUGUGAAAUCGAAAGCUUAGUUUACUUAGUCUCUAUUCUUUAGCAAUAUCAGUGGCCAUCAGAAGUCUUGAUGAAAAAAAAAAACAUUUUUGGAUGUGAAAGGCCCCUGAAACUUAUUGAUAUUGCAUUUUUGCAUCUCAUUAUUAAACAUAAUUGAUUUCAUCUGCUGUAAUUGAAUAUUGUAAUCUGUAAAUUGUGAUUUACAGGGAAAACUUCGACGUUCACAGGGCUAUGAAAGUGUGAUACCCAAAGCAGUAUAUUAAAUAGAAGGAAAAAGAGGAAGGGCCUGUGGAGUCGGUAAUGUUUCUCCGAGUAAUCGAUUGACAAUCGUCACCUUUUAGUAUGAAGUAUGAGCACCAGGUCGAUUGCAUAUAGUCUUCCAUUUUUUUGUUUAUCACAUAAACCAAUUAAAAUGUGUACACAUGUGCCGCGAAAUCUUCAGGUCCUUGCUUUUUUCAUCAUGCAUUAUUGCGACAUCGAACAUUAGACUCGAGACUGAAGAAAACAAAUGCGUACAGAGUUAUAGUCUUUGUUAGGAGGUACACGAGCUUUGAGAAUGGGAAAUCUUUGUACGUAACUUCAAUAUACGUAAUUAAAAGUAACUGUAAACAAAAGAGUAAUUUUUUCGAGGCAUUGACAGUGUGUUGUUAAAAAUUCUCAUAAUCACGGUCCAUCUCCUUUGAGAUGAAAAAAAAAUUAAUACGAUAAGGGGAUGUGAGAUAAGAUCAGCACGUGAAAGAGAUGGAGAACGGCAAAUGGAAAAGCGGCAAGAGAAACAUAAUUACGAAAAAAAGUGUACCAAUAUAAUGUAUGUCUGUGUGUAUAAUAUGAACUUGCCGCUGUGAGCGGAGGGUAGCGAUUCCGAGCACGUGCCAACUGCGUGGUGGCCUAUUCGAUAUGCUCGGGGAGGAUGGAGGGUCUUUUAUUUGUUGUUUUCUCUACCGAUGCGAGAGUAAGAGAGAUUAGCGCGUUUUUAUAAUAAGAGAAAAGGAAAGAAAAAUCAGAAAAGAGGAGAGGCGACCAAGCGCUCGCCUUGCCUCUCGUGAAUUAUAUAGCUGUGUAAUUUGACCGAAUUGCGAAUUUAAGAAUUGCUGGAAAGAAAGAAAACUAAAUAAAUAAAUGGAUAAGAUAAAAAAAAGAGAAUUGAAAGCCUUGCAUAGCCAGUGGAAAAAGGCGAAGAUUAUGAGAAACAAAAAAACAAAAGCGCGCGCCCCGAAACGAACGACUGAUCGAAUGUGUUUGUCUCGCUUUUGGGCGCGCUUGUAUUAUAUGUAAAGUAUGCCCGACAAUUCGGCUGCGUUGUACAGUGUUUUCUAAGUAUCUAGUUCAUAGCAUGUAAUUGAGACAUUGUAUUUACGCUAAGUGAUCUGUAUCAAAUUCAUUCUCGUAUAGCUUGUACUCCUACUCAUGUAGAUGCUAAAAGUGAUUUGUGUCAUAAAACUAUAAAUAAAAUUAGCAAUUUGAGAA